AUUAGUCUAUGGCCUGAAUGAGAUAACGCGAUGAUUGUUUGUAUACCUUCAUAGUAUUUUAUUACCAGCUGAUGCAAAAUUAGUAAGUGUUAGUAAGUAACGGAAAAUCAGGAAAACUCCAAAUGUAUUAGGUCCCUAAAAUUAUCUUUGUUGAUUGUUCAAGAGUUAAAACGUCAAAAGUCAAAUCUAAGGGAAGAAAAUAUUUGCACUUUACAUACGCAGUUUAUUAAAAACGUGUCAUAUUUAUACAAAAUGAACGUGCGGGAAGAGGAUCGUCGGAAACCAGCGAGCUCUAGUCGCGGGCUGGGCUUCGCGACCGCAGCGAUCGGUUUAGGUGUUGGAGCUGCACUUUACUAUUUCCUCAGCAAAGGUUCUCCAAACCAGGAAUCCGAAGGCACCACAAGUUCCAACUGGACUCACGAAAGGGCCAAUGUCUUUAAGUUAGCUGAGAAAACAAUGGAUUCUGAUUCAUACUCAACAAUUUCGGAGGGAACCACUUCUGACACAAGUGUACAUGACAAUACAAUUGAUUUUCCUUGUGCAAGUAGUGCAGAAUCCAGUUAUGUGGAGUCUAAUAAUAAUUCGUCAUUCCAAAAUUCUGCAAGUGACACAUCAAAUUCUGACUGUAAUUCACAUAAAUCUUCCAUAGAAUCCGAUUAUAGUUUUACAUCUACAGUUGCUAGUGAUUCUACAGAAUCAGCAAGUGAUUAUAACCACUCAGAUAAUGAUUAUAGUGAUUCAGAAAGUGAUGUAGAAGAAUCAGACAAAGAAAGUGAUUAUGAAGAAUCAGAGAAUGAUGAAACAGGAGGUGACUAUACAGAAUCAGAUAAUAGUGAAACGGGUACUGAUUAUGCGGAAUCAGACAUCUCUUUAGAAUCAGAUGAAGAUACAGAUGUUGAUAAUUCAGAUAUAGUUUUUGAACAUAGAUCAAAUACAGAAUCUUUGGAGACUGGCUACACAUCAGCAUCAUUGCAACAUAUUGGAAAUUCUUACGACUCAGAAACAGCUAUGGAAUGGGAUGUAACAAAUACGUCAAUAGGUAUUCCCUCGGAGGAGAGGAGUUCCUCGUUGCUACACUUCAUCGGAGGGUUCACAAAUAUGAUCAGCCCGAGGAAGGCACCUCAAGAGGAUCGUUUGGCUAAACUAAGAGAGCGUGCAUUCCGCGAGAGAGAGUGGACCCUGGAGGAGUGCUCCAUCUGCUUCGAUGUGAUGCUGCGCGACCAGGAGAUCAUGACGUUGUCCUGCACGCACAACUUCCACGCGCAGUGCAUCAUGCCCUGGCUGCAGGAGAAGCAGACCUGCCCCAACUGCAGGAAGCAAGCCGACUAAAUUCAACUCACACCAGCCUACUCAUGUUCGGCACCCAAGGUCGAGCCGUCGGCGGGCCCGAAUACUCGCGCUUGAUGUCAGGUGCGGCGAUGGCGCGAUGUUCUUAGUAAACAUAGCAUUAAAAUAGGCAGUGAACACAACAUAUAUCAGACAGCUAAGCAAUGUACUAGGAUGUGUAAAUUAUAAACUAACAGCAUAACUUUGAUUCCUAGCCUUGCUUAGCUCUGUUUUUAAUUUCUAGUGCCCACUCUUCGAAAUACUACAGCAAUAGAUAAAUUUUAUUUUUCUACAUUCAAUAUGAAUUUUUGUCACGCCAAAUGUCACUGCGUCUGCGCAAUAUGCUUAAUUGGAGUAGCCUUUUUGAUCACACAUUAAUAUGUAGAUUUGUGACUGCUAUAUUAACUAAGCUAUGUACAGCUGUGCGAGCUAAGUUGAACUUGCUUAAAUAACCAGCAAGGAAAACAUUCUACAGUUUGGACGGCCCAGAAAUUAGGUACCUCGCAUAUCUCUGGUGGCAACGCACCCUAACUUUAUACAGAAAAUAAGAUUCGGCGUUAUGCCUUUUUGUGUCAUUUUAACCUUGAAGUAUUUAAUAAAAUUGGUCAAAUUGUUAAUGCUGUACUCGGAAAUGACACUAGAUUUCAUGGGCGCAGUCAAGGUUACGCUCUAUACUACAUAAUAUCGACAAGUUUUUUUUUUUCAAAUUUAAAUCGCGCGGGUUUUUUUAAAAUGAUUUAUCAUAAAAAACCUCUGUUGUCGAUAGUUCCCAUUGUUGCAGAUUUAUUCAGUGAUAUAUUUUUUGUAAUUUUUUUCUGGGUAGGGGGUGCACGUGCACCUACUUGCAUCCCCCACCCGACGCCCAUGACAGAUUUUUUUUUCUUUUCACCCUCAAAGUUAUGCAAAAAAAAUAAUAAUAAUAUUAAAUUUUUUUAUUGAUGAAGUUUACUAAGAAUAUUGUGCGAAUCAUUAGUCAAUUAAUUUUUGUAGAUUUUUUAUAUUAUUCAUUAUUAAUGUUUGAAAUGUUAAUCAUAUAUCACAUUAUAGAGUAAUUGAAGUUAAUGUAUUCAUAUGAAGUAUGUGUGUGCUUUAAUGUUUGUGAUACGGCGGCUAUUCCAUCUCAUAAUGUAAGGAACUUAAUAUAGAUUUUUAGAUUCCAUUAUUUUUACAAAAACAUAUCGAGAUAGUAGUAAUAAAAAAUAUUUUCGUUAUGACAACAAAAAAAAUAAAAAAGUAUUUAAAAGCAAUAAAAUAAUAGACAAUUAUCCAGUAAGUAGAAGGAGUUUUAUUUUUGAUAAAAAAUGUCAGGUCCUGCAAAAGAAUACUAGAUUUUUGACGAACGAAAAAAAGAUUUUUUCAAGCUGCAAUCAUGAACUCAUUUUUAGUGUAGUCUCAUUAAAGACUGUUAUGUUAUGUCGAUUGUCAAGUCAGACAGUGUUAUUUUGUCAUGAUUUGCCUAUUGGACAUCUCUGAGAGUUAGGGAGCAAAUAUUGACGAAACGAAUCAAUUAGUGAUAUUUAUAAAGUAGAUUAGGAAAGUUCCAAACAUUGAUAUUACGUGGAAAAUAUGUUGAUAUGGUUCAUUAUCUAUAACUGUAUCUUUCUACAGCUGUUUUCACUAAUCGAUCCCGAUCUCAAUCUUCAAUCCGAUUGCGAGAACGAACCAAGCAAAAUAACUCAUUUGUAAUUUCAAAAAAAUCUUUGUCCUGAUUGGGCCAUUUUUGAAAUGAUCGAAAAAAGCGGUUGGAAUCGUUUAUUGAAAAUGGCGGUUAGACAAAUAAUAAGGUUUAACGCGUCUCCAUUCGCUUUAACAUCGUGCACUAACUAUAGACGUCGCAGAAAUUAUAUUAUCAGCCCUGUAUUUAUAUAUUGUCCCACUGCUACACGGGCUUCCACUACUACUGAGAGGGGUUAAGCUUUAGGCCAACACGCUGGCCGAUGAUUGGUAGACUUCACACACCCUUAAAAUUCAUAUAGAAAACUUCUCAGUCAUGCAGGUUUCCUCAAGAUAUUUUUUCGAUGGACGUCGUAGGAUUGCGUCUUAUAUCUAAUAUAAAUGCACAAAUAAUGCCAAAAUGCUAAGGUCCCGUGUCCAGGCACGCGUUAUUUUGAUCUAUUGCUGUACAUUAAAUGUUAAUUGUAAUAUAAAAUGUUUUAAUAACACAACGUGGUAAUAUAACAUAGUGAAUUAUAAGGGUAUGUAUAAAUGCGUUAGUUGACUCGUAUACGCGAAAUCUCGUAUUUCAUAGCUAGAGAAGAUCCUUGAAUUAAGGGAGUGGUAAAGCCAUAUAUCAGUACUGUAGUGUUAGUACUUCGAGGUGGUACAUUUUGUGAAAGUGCUCCCGCCAGUAAAGCGGCGCGCUAGCCGUAUUUUUAGGAGCUUUCUUCUCGAAAUUUAUAAAACUCGAAUAUAGAAAGAAAUGAAGCAUCGUAUUUCUACAAGUUACAUUAACUUUGGUAAUUUAAUUUUUUUUGUAAUGUGAAUAUUGUGUAAUAAUUUCCCAAUAAAAAUGCUACUAAAAUGAUUGAUUCCGUGAAUUUUCAGAGUAUAUUAAUCAUUUUAAUUUGCAAGCAACACUGCUAAUUAGAGAAUUUAAUAAGAAAUAUUUUUAAAAUUUGGUAUUUUAAAAUUUCCAAGAAGAUUUAAUAUUGAUUUUUAGGAUCAUUUUUUGUAACUCUGCAAAUUCCCGCCAUAAUUCGUUGAAAAUGUAUGGAACGAAUGCUCAAGAUUGUUUGCUAAUGGGAGGGUUUUAAUACGCGUUUAUAUAUUAGUAGUUGAUGUAAUUCUAAAUGCUAUUAUAAAUUACUUUACUAAAAACUCGCUUAUUUAAUGGUCACCAACUUACUACAUAGUUCUAAGUCACUGGAGUAUGUAGACACAUACUUGCAAGUCAUCAAAAAAUUUAACGUUGUAAACUAUUUUUCGGAGUUGUUAAAAAAUGUUUCUCUUAACUUAUAGUUCAUAAUACUAAAUUAUCCAAGUUUGAAAUUAUAUAACGUAGUUUACUUA